GCUUCCUAGACGACUUUCCUCGCGGGCCGACUACUCACAAUCGAUCCAUGUCAAAUCCAGCAGUGCCAUCUUUCUGCGGCUCCUGAACGCUGGUUGUAGUGAUUUUCCAGUAUCUCAUUGUCGGUUUCUUGCUUGCGUACCCUAGCCGAUAACGAAGCACCGCUGGUCCCGCCACUCGUUCUAUCUCUUGAGUAUAUAUCGAUACUCGACGGGAAAAUAUCAUUUUCUGCUUGUACAAACGCCAUGUUCAGCCCCCACAGAAUAUACGUAUCUUUUUUCGGUGCGGCAGCAUGGUCCUUCGUCGCUGCUGACACAGUCUUUGUGCUCCAUGACGCCGUGACAUUAUCGAAGUCUGGUCUCUCUUUCUCGGGCUUACCCAUUGCUGCAAGCGCUUUGAACAUUACGGCCUUAUGCUCCAUCACAGUCUUUGCCGUCCAGUAUGUGUGGAAAAAAGGAGGAUUCGUGGGGCUUUCGACAAUCCUCCGACGCACUCUGGCUGGAUCCUGCUUCUUCCUCUGUCUAUUAGCAAUGUCUAUCUCCUUGGCCUCGAUGACAUUGAUCAAGACUAAAAAAGAGGAAGUAGACAAUGUCACAUCGAAGCAUUCUAUCCCAAGCUGGACUGGACUUUUCCCUGCCCAUAUCACCAUAUGGGCAUUGGCCUGCGUGAGCCAGGCCGUCUUCUUCUCCUCCCCACUUUGGACGAGUUCGCAACCAGAGCCUAUCCGCACGAUUGUACAGUCGGGUCCUCGAGACUCUGUCAUGUCAGAAAUGCGGGAUUCUCACCCUACCACCAAUCUCUUCAUGCUCGAGGCAACACAACCAUCUAGUCCACUAGCCACACUCCCAUCACCAACCUUUUCCACUCGGUCAUCCCAGUCCCUCCGUUCUUUCAGAGACUCUUUGCAUCAAGUCGUCCGCCCGGUUACCUCGCGCAGCAAGCUCAUUCGGCCGUCAUCACAGCGAGAGAACGGAAGCCUCUACUCCGACGGCCACUCCAUUAGCAACAUCUCCCAAUCCGAUGGCUUCGAUACCUGGGAUACAAGCAGCAUAGACCCACAGACAAGGGAUGCGUUCGUGCAAUGUGUGGCGCCGUCAAGAGGCACAGCCCUAGAGACCAUUCCUGGCAGCCGGCCUGCAUCGCCAGCCCACGCACUAGACGGACCAUUUCUAUUGACCUCACACGAAGACGACGACGGGCCACUCUCUCCACCCCCCAAGCUCAUCCCCGACCUAGCACGACCUCCCAGCCCAGCAGUGAGCGAAGCACACAUUCACCCUCUAUUCCGCUCCGAGAGUCCCACUCCUCCGCCGGCCGCCACACCAGGAACCCAGAUCAUGGCCUCGCCCCUCAGCACCCAAAUGAUAGCAUGUCCGCCGCGGCCUUACAGCCGCAUGCGCUCCAACAGCAGCCGGGCCGCGAGCCCCGGGCCGCGAGCCAGCACCCGCAGCCUCCGCGACCGCGCCGUGAGCCCGCAGAGCAGCCAGAGGAGUCUCUCGCCCCCAAGCCGCGAGAUGACGCCGCCCAUUCCGGAAUUCGUCCUCAACUGCACGCCUCGUACUAGUACGAGCGGGUGGAGCGAACGACGAAGAGUCAGUUGAUCUGCGAGAAGACUUGAGAAACAGAAAUCCGUCCGGGUUUGUUGGAUAUAAUGGGUUAACGUUCAGUUCAUGUGUGAUGCUCCACUCACUCUACGCGACUAUUACGAUGUUUAUUCACAUGCAAAACUUUCCUAUUGUUUUGGUUUACCUAACCUUGCGCGAGCAAGCUCUUCGCGACCUCAACUCCCUCUGGAGAGUUGGGCACCACUCUCCUUUGUCAUCAUUCUAUUAUCGAUCAUCCUUUUUUGAUUGACCGAUUGAGCUG